CGUGUUGAGACCAAAAGCGGAUAAAUACGCUGCGAUAAACACUAGCCGUGAACGCGUUGGUUAAAGUAGUUAACAUAAAUACAUAUGUAUAACGAUGUGUUUGUAAAAGAGCUAUAGUGUAUGUAAGAAUCUAUGUACAUAUACCGCAUAUGAGAGAAAGCAACAAACAUUUAAUAGUGAGAGAUUUAAAUGUACUGCACAGCUUACAGUAUAUGGUGCUACAGUUGUGGUUUAAAAUAUUUAGGAAAGUACUGAUAAUUUUGCGGAAUAAUUGAAUUGAGUAUUGCAAAAGUUAUAAAAAAUAACUAAUAAUAAAAAAAAUAUACUAGUUUUUGUCAACAAAAAAAUAAAAUGUUUGUGGAUGUUUUUUAGUAUCAGAAUUUUAUGAUACUCAUUAAGGACUCCAAAUAAAAUUACUGAUGAUUCAAAAUGAAAAUUUAUUGCCAAAUUUGAAUUCGCCUUUAAAAUACUGGAGUGCGAAAUGAUUUAUUAUAGAUUUGAGGGUAAGACAUGCAGAACAGCCCCUAAUUGAAAAUAUUUUCUAUUUGGUAGUGCAAUUGUGUCGAGUUUGAAAACAGUGAAAAAAGGUAUAAAUACAUAAAACAAAAAUAUUUUAUUUACAAAACAAAAACAACAAAAUUGUGUUAUUUCCUCCAGUGUUUGUAACAAAUAAAGGCAGCUGUUAAAAUUUUGUGCGAAAAUUAUAAAUAGGACUUUUAAUUGAUUGCCGAGUGCCGAGCGCAAGUUGAACAACAGCUGAACUAGUGAAACACACAACGGUGGCAAUUGCUGGGUGCUUGUGUCGCAACAAAAACGAGUUACAAAGUUUGUUGGCAGUGGAGUACGCCGCGGGCAGUGAGGCAGUGUAUGUGAAAUGAUAAUGGCGAGUGAGCGCGCAGUUGCAACAGCAAUAAACAAGUAAACAAAAGAAAACGAAAAACAGAAACAAACACAAGCGCGCGCGCGUAAUUUCUUCAAAAAAACUGGGACAAAGGCGGAUUAGCUGAGCAAACUGCAGCAAGGAAGACAAACGCGUCAGCACUAAGCACAGCUUGUGCGAAAUAAGCUUAGUGGCUUGCCUUUGUAUGCGGCUGAAACAACAUUGCAACAGCAUUUGGCAACAUUGAAGGGUUGUGCUGCAUGACAACCGAGCUUAGCGAAUUACGUGAGUCAGACCAGCAGGCGAUUGCCGCAGCGCGUUGAGCGCUUGCAGACUUAAAACGCGCACAUUUUUUGAUUUUGCCACCAGCUGUUUGGUUGACCCUCAGCACACUUGACAGUUGCAACAGUUGCAGCAACAGCUCGUACGGCAGUAGCGUGCGUGACCUGAGCUAAGCUAAGCAAACACUGCCAACCCUAAACACGUGCGCAAAUUGAAAAAUCAGAGCGUGUAUUACAAAAAUAACGGUAAAUAACGACAGGUGUGUAAACGCAAGCAAGAGAGAAAAGUGCUGGCAGUUAGUAGCGGUAAAAGCGCAAAGCUGAAGUCAAGAGUUCAAACGCGCAAAAGCCAGAGGGAAAGCGCAAUCAGCGCGUCCGCUAAAUCAACAAGCAUUUUCCCCAUUGCAGCCGUAUCAGCUGCUGCAGCGGGAGCGAGCGAGUUCUGAAGGGCAACCCAGUGGCGCGAACACGCGCUUCACAACCCCGAAUAAAUCGCUUGACACACGCUCAAUUGUUGCGAUUUGUGACGCACUGAAGUGGGAAUUGCCGAGCAGCGGCGGUGAGUGGGUACUGAGCGCGGUGUAGCCAGAGCGCAUAUAUAUCGCGAGGCAAUCGUGUGUGAGCGCUUGACCUGUUAGGGCUGAACUGCAGUGUUGUGUAGUGACGUCAUUCAAUUUGCUGGCGAAAGUUGUGCAAACACCGCAGGGUUAAGCGUCGGCCUACUUUCGCGCCAUCGUCGGUCGUACAGUUGAGCGUUCGGUCGUAAUACAAACGUGCGACGUCGUUUCGGUUUGUCAUUCGUACGAGAUACGAGCGUGUAUGUGUGUGCGCGUGCGAUAGCCAGCAAUUGCUGUACUUCCAUACACACACAUUCUUACAUUCGUUUCUAUGCCCGCGCGGCUGUUAAUGUGUGCGUGCGCGCCUCUUUAAACCAACACAAACAAUAAGCCCGGUCAGGCGGUUUGAGCCGAGCCAAUUGAGCCAGCCAGAAAGUCACAGUCGUCGUCAAUCAGCUGUGUGCACAUCGAGUAUAACGCGCGCGCAUAGCCAGCACCAAUCGAGCAGUGUUAAUAAGGUGUACGUGCACGUGCACGUCGCAUUCUACCGUUACAUUUUGCGCACGUCGUUCGUUCGUUAUAUUAGCCGCUUCCGUACUCACCAUCACCACCACCAGCUGUAGUUAGCAUGGCUCACCCAACGUCCUUGCUGUCGGGCGCGUCGUCAGCCGCGGCGUCGCCUCUGCCGUCGCGUCAAUACAGUGUCGCGUCGUCGCCCAGGCUGAGCGGCGACAUCGGUCGUGGUCUAUUCGCCAUUGUUGUGCUGCUGUUGCGUAUGUCCUCCGUGUAUGGCGUCAUCGAUCGCUUGGUGGUGCAGACAUCGAGCGGUCCGGUGCGCGGUCGCUCCGUCACCGUGCAGGGUCGAGAGGUGCACGUGUACACAGGCAUACCGUAUGCCAAGCCACCAUUAGAUGAUUUACGAUUUCGAAAACCGGUGCCAGCGGAGCCCUGGCACGGUGUUUUGGAUGCAACGCGACUGCCGGCAACCUGUGUGCAAGAAAGAUAUGAAUAUUUUCCCGGUUUCUCCGGCGAAGAGAUAUGGAAUCCUAAUACAAAUGUCUCCGAAGAUUGCCUAUACAUAAAUGUUUGGGCGCCAGCGAAAGCGCGUUUGCGGCACGGACGUGGUGCCAAUGGUGGUGAGCACUCCAAUAAAGCCGACACUGAUCAUUUGAUACACAACGGAAAUCCGCAGAACACCACAAAUGGCUUACCCGUGCUCAUUUGGAUUUACGGUGGUGGCUUUAUGACCGGCACUGCCACACUCGAUAUAUACAAUGCGGACAUUAUGUCGGCUGUGGGUAAUGUCAUUGUGGCAUCGUUUCAAUAUCGUGUGGGCGCUUUUGGUUUCCUGCACCUGUCGCCCGCUAUGCCCGGCUACGAGGAGGAGGCACCCGGCAAUGUGGGGUUGUGGGAUCAGGCAUUGGCUAUACGUUGGCUGAAAACGAAUGCUCAUGCUUUCGGCGGUAAUCCCGAGUGGAUGACACUUUUCGGUGAAUCGGCGGGUUCGAGUUCGGUGAAUGCGCAACUUGUGUCGCCAGUGACGGCGGGUUUGGUCAAGCGCGGCAUGAUGCAAUCGGGCACAAUGAAUGCGCCCUGGAGUCAUAUGACGUCAGAGAAGGCUGUAGAGAUUGGCAAGGCGUUAAUAAACGACUGCAAUUGCAAUGCGUCGCUGUUGUCGGAAAAUCCACAAGCUGUGAUGGCUUGCAUGCGCGCCGUCGACGCCAAAACGAUUUCGGUGCAGCAAUGGAACUCCUACUCGGGCAUUUUAAGUUUUCCAUCUGCGCCGACCAUUGAUGGCGCAUUUUUGCCAGAUCACCCCAUGAAAAUGAUGGAGACAGCCGAUCUACGUGGCUAUGACAUAUUGAUGGGAAAUGUCAGAGACGAAGGCACCUACUUUCUGCUUUACGAUUUUAUCGAUUAUUUCGAUAAGGAUGAGGCGACUUCAUUGACGCGUGAUAAAUAUUUGGAAAUUAUGAAUAACAUUUUUGGCAAAGUAACACAAGCGGAACGCGAAGCAAUCAUUUUUCGGCACACCAGCUGGGUUGGUAAUCCCGGUUUGGAGAAUCAGCAGCAAAUCGGACGCGCAGUUGGCGACCACUUCUUCACCUGCCCAACUAAUGAGUAUGCCCAAGCGUUGGCCGAACGGGGAGCUUCCGUGCACUAUUACUAUUUUACACACCGCACUAGCACCUCCCUGUGGGGUGAGUGGAUGGGCGUACUGCACGGCGAUGAGAUCGAGUACUUCUUCGGUCAGCCAUUGAAUACAUCGCUACAGUAUCGGCAAGUCGAACGAGAGCUGGGCAAGCGGAUGCUGAAUGCCGUUAUUGAAUUUGCUAAAACUGGCAAUCCCGCCACUGAUGGCGAAGAAUGGCCAAAUUUUACAAAGAAAGAUCCCGUGUAUUAUGUCUUUUCAACCGAUGACAAAGAGGAGAAGCUGCAACGUGGCCCACUGGAAGGACGUUGCGCAUUCUGGAAUGAAUAUUUGCGUGAAGUCCGAAAAUGGGGAUCACAAUGCGAAAUCAAACCAUCAUCCGCUUCCUCUCUGCAACAAAAGCAACAACACUUGCUGCUGCAACAAAGGAGCAUCGUGGCGUUCAUGUUGGCGCUGACACUGGUCUUAGGCAUUCCGUCAGUAAAUGCAUUUUUCUAA